UAUCUACGAACUUCAUCAUUUGAGGGGACAUUCCAGUAUUUACCUGCAGGUAUUUGAGAAAAUGCUUCCCCUCUAUUGAUCCUUCCCCAAGCACAACCCAUCCUUCUACCCUUACGGCGGAAAACCUAUCAUGCUGUAGCUCAAUCAAUGAUAUGAUAAUAAUGAUUCAAUAGUUAUUGUCGCAAGAAAUGUUGCCAUCAUUUUUCAGUUGGUGAUUCUAUCAAGGGCGUCCAUCUCAUUCGGCUGACCAUCCAUCCAGCGAGCCAAAGAGCAGUCUGUAAAUUCUGUCUCGCAAGGCAACCUAUUUGAUUCCACAAAUUUAUGACAUGAUUACGCAAACCGGAAGCCGUCGAAGCGGUCGCACAACUUUUGUUCAUCGAACACGAUAUAUGACUUGCUCUUGACAAGAAAGCGUCGGUUCGGUAAGAACCAAGAGUUCCGAGAUCACUAUCGCAUUCACAAUAGGCUAAACUUAGAGAUUAUCAGCGUGUGCAGAGGGGAAAGAUGUCUUCUCAUGGAUCCCCAAGACCUUCUGCGGGAGCGCCAUUAUUGAUACCACUAAGAACUCGAUCUCGUCGAGGAUCAUUGGUAUCACUAGCUAGUGGUACGCCGGUCGAUAAGGAACAACUAGCACAAGCUCUGGAUAAAAUACAUAGUACUGCCUGUCAGUCGGAAACGCUUACUACGUUCAACGAAUUCGCCCCUCCACCACCAUCUUCCUCGAAUACAGAGAGUAAAGGCUUAGCUGGGGAUAUCAUGCAGAAUGGUUUGAGUGGUCUAUACAGUCGAUUCAAAGGCGCAGUGGGAGUAGGGAAAGAUAAAGCGGGAAGCUCUUCAGUAAAAGGCGACAACGAAAGCUUUGAUGCGACCUCAGUCAAAAGUCAGAAUGCAUCGAAUGUCACCCCGCCCUCGAAAGGAUCUUCCGGUCCUGCGCGAGAAGACUCGGGUAUUACUGCGUCGCCCAUUCAACUUUCCACUGCAUCUUCGCAGCUGCAGUCUCCAACCGUAUCUUCCUCCAUAGGGACUUCGUCUGAGAUGCAACCACAAGCUAUGAAAUCAUCAAAGACCUCGCUUUCGUCAGGACCUAAAACGUCAAAGUCAGCGUCUAGACCUCCCCUCAAUCCAAUGGCGAAAACCACAUCGCCUUCAGUCAUCGUCCCAACCGUUGCGCCUGUCAAUGCUGUUGCAUUCAAAGAGGGAGAAAAAACUCGACUGGGCAGCUCUGAUGGAAAUGUUCCGGAAAAGGCAAAUAAAAACGGUGUUUCAGACAGAUCCGAACCAGUUUCGGCAUCAGAUUACACCCAUCCUGGCACAUUCGGGUCAGCUAGCGCUUCCGAAAGCAGACGCUUUCCCGGCCAUUCUUCGGUGUUAGACGAUCCGGAGUCUGUUGACUUUGAUUCCAUGAAAAGCGAAUCUGCUGGGCGAAUGUCGCUGAGCAACUUAGACUCCAAAAAGGACUCCCAAGAUCUUAGUUUACGUAUUAGUGAUAGUAGCAUUACUGGAAGGGCCAAAUCCAUGAGUAACCCCAAAACAGCUUCAUCUACAUUAUCCUUCAUAUCGAGGCCAAAUGCGCCACCACGUCUGACAAUUCUAGAAACUGCAAGGCGAACCCCUGCUGUUGAACGUAUAACACAAUCACAUCUUCCUGGCUAUCAGACAUCACGUACCUCAUCGACGGACCGCAGUACUGCUGAAGCUACCCCUAUUAAUACCUCUGCACACAAUCAUGUGCGACAUAAUUCUUUUGGUACAGACGAGCGUUCUUCCCGUACCUACUCUGGUAGAAGUCGCAUACCUGGUACCACUACAAAUGGUGGUAGCGCCGAAGUAGUCAGCGCUCGUUUGGAGCAAAUGAGAAAGCAAGUGCUAAGCAAAGAAUUCUGGAUGGCUGAUGAUAUAUGCAAGGAGUGUUUUUUAUGUGGCGAUCCCUUUACUGCUUUUCGUAGAAAACAUCAUUGCAGAACUUGUGGCUGCAUCUUCGACUCUAAAUGCACACAUACUAUUUCAGGCCAAAGGUUUGGAGUUCAAGGGUCACUUCGUAUGUGCAAAACUUGUCUCGACAUUAUAAACAGACGUCACGACAGUAGCGGGUCUGAGGAUUCAGAUGAUGAAUCAGGCCUACCAACCUUUUUCCAUUCGCAGCAGGCCAAGUUUGACUCCUCUACAUCAAUCAAGACAGAUUUGCCAGAGGGCCCAGGUACUGACCUAAUGAAGACAGGAGAUGACUCUAGGCCUCUGGCAACUCCAAUGAUGGCGAUACCUGCUACGCGACGAAUUGGCGAUUCUUCGAAUCGGCGUUCGGCAAUUCUGGAGAUAGAUGCGCCACAAUUGAGUCGCCCAAGUUCAUCUAGAUCGUUGAAGGCCUUGUCUGCUGCUACAAGACCUCCAUCUUCUAGCCACAGACGACAUCAGUCAAAGCACAAUUUUCUCGGGCGCUUUAAAAGCCCUGUUGGAGAUAGAGCACCUUUUCAUCGCGGAUUGACUGAUGACACCGAAAAAGCAACGCGUCUGCCCGCCUUUCAUGAUGACAAUAUCAUCGAUCCCGAUCUGGCACCAUACAUGUCGGAUGAAGGAUCAAGCGCUGAUGAGCAAAUGAGUAUUUUUGCUACCUUAAACAACAGUAAUACCGCAACUCCACCUUUUGAAAAUGACAGAGCAGGCUUUGGCUCCUUGCUGAACGCUACCAAGAGGCACAGGGCUAGAACUGGCGACAAAAGUGUCAGUGGUAUCAGUUUUACGAGUCGAGGGUUGGAAGAUGCUAGCGCAACUGUGGGAGCAUUCACAAGACCGAAUCGUCGACGUAAUCUGAGCAUUGCCAGCAACACUUUACACCAUACUCGACCCUCUCCAAGACAAACGAAACCGACGAGCUUAGCAAAGGGGUUUGGGAAUGUAAGUGAAGAUGUUAUUGCACCAGAAAACUCGUCUGACCCGACCACGCCAGCCGGCAUGUCUUCAAAAAUGACUCGAAGCGCAUCGAUGCGAGAUGCUAAAGCUCCUGCAGUGGAGCUUAACAACGCCAGUUUGCAUCACGUUCGCCGGCUCCUGCAUCAACUACUUGAAGAUGCGGACAUUCCGAACGUUGCUUCCUGGGAGAAGGCUUUGAUACCCAUUCUCCUUCAGUGUACAGAUGAUGUCAACCCGGAUGUUCGGCGCGGCGAUGACAUAGAUAUCCGUCAUUAUGUCAAGCUGAAAAAGAUACCCGGAGGAAGACCUGGUGACACCUCGUAUGUGUCAGGUGUUGUGUUUACCAAGAACCUUGCCUUGAAAAGUAUGCCCAGGAGUAUUUCGAACCCCCGCAUUGUUAUCGUAUCAUUUCCCAUUGAAUACCAACGCCACCAAUCUUCGUUUAUGAGUCUGGAGCCUGUCAUAGCUCAGGAAAAGGAAUUUUUAAGGAAUAUGGUAAAUCGAAUUGCAUCCCUGCGUCCCCAACUUCUCUUGGUUCAGAAGCAUAUUUCCGGGCUUGCCUUGCAAUACCUUGCGGAGGCAAAUAUCGCUGUAAUCUACAAUGUUAAGCCAUCAGUAAUAGAGGCAGUUUCAAGGUGUGCCCAGACCGAAGUUAUCUCGUCUAUCGACAUGGUAGCUCUGAAGCCGGUACACAUAGGCAAAAGCUCUGGCUUUGACGUGAAAACUUAUGUCCAUGGCGAUAUUCCGGGAAAGAAAAAGACUUACAUCUAUCUAUCUGGAUGUCCAAAAGAGUUGGGAUGUACCAUCGCUCUGCGCGGAGCUAGCACGCCUAUACUAGCCAAAAUGAAGCAAAUUACAGAAUUCAUGGUAUACGUGGUUUACAAUCUCAAGCUUGAAACAUGUUUAAUGAGGGAUGAAUUCGUUCUGAUCCCAUCUGUGGCAGAAAGUGGCAACCUCUCACCCGCAAGACAAACCAGUCAGACUUCGAAAUCUACAAUAUCGGGUGCUCUUCCUCAUCAAGACACCGUGGUGGCAGCAAGCAAUGUACUACAAGCUGCUGCUGCGUCGGAGAAGGUUAAAAGCUUCUCUCCGGACGGAACUGACAAUAGCGAAGGCAUAUCCGCUGAUCAAGUUCUUGUCAGCCCGGAGACAGUUACGGAAGUUCAGAAAGCCAUAUCGACUGAACAGAAGCCUGAAGUUUCCAGAAUGAUCUCCGCUCAUGAGUCACAUGUCCACUCCUCUCAUGACGAUCAUCUACCGGAAGAUGUACCAAUGCCGACAUUUUACAGCGAUAUGGUUGCUAAACACCAAACGAAGAUACUAUCUGCCUCCCCAUUUGUCAAGUUCGUACAACCAUAUCUAUUGGUGAAAGCGAGAGAGCAGGAACGGAGACUCGUUUAUUUGAAAAGGCUUCGGGACCAAGACAUGUUCGAAGAGCAGACCGAUACAGAAAAAUCCAAACCGCAGAAAUUUCAGCUCAUAAAGCCCGAUAUGGUCCACGAGAGUAUCAAAAACGCACCCAGGCAAAUCAUGGAGGUUUUACAUGCUGUGCAUGAUGCGGAGUACGAUAAAGCUUUGCAUAAUUACCAAACACAAACACGUCAAUGGGAGAAUUAUAUCCAAGGAAAUCUUAACCUCUUUGAUCCAUAUAGUCACCAAAAUAUUACUGUGCUAUACACAGUCGUUUGCACCGAAACUUCAAUUCCCUGCGCUGGACCUGACCUUCUUACUCUCGCAUUUUAUACUGAACACGAAAUAUCAGCAGAAAUUGAUCCUGAUUGUACACUGGGUCAAUACGUCGAAGAUUUGUGCUUGACCAUCAAUACAACAUGUACGUUUAAUGGCUGCGAUCGAAAGAUGUCCGAGCAUCACCGAACUUACGUCCAUGGUGAAGCUCGAAUAACUGUGUUUGUUGAAAGAUCACCUUGCAAGAUCAAAGGACUUCAAGAUUCCAUUUUAAUGUGGAGCUAUUGCAAAAAAUGCCAGAAGGAAACUCAAGUUAUGCCCAUGUCUGAAAGUACUUGGAAAUACUCUUUUGGGAAGUAUUUAGAAUUAUCUUUCUGGAGCAGUGAUUUACAUCUCAGAGCGGGAUUCUGCCCCCAUGAUUUGCACCGUGAUCAUUUGCGAUAUUUUGGCUUUCGCAAUGUCGCCAUUAGAAUACACUAUGAUCCGAUCGACCUCUUGGAAAUUGUUGUGCCUCGAACAAGAAUCACAUGGAAAGUAGAUAAUGAUCUUAGGCUGAAGAAUGAGCUUUUCACAAAGAUAGAAAAACGGUGGAAUCGGUUCAUGGCAUCGGUAAUGUCUAGAAUUAAAGGAAUUAACAUCGACAGCGUUGCACCUGAAAAGGCAGAGGCAUGUAAAGCAGAAAUAGAUUGCCUGACAAAACGUGCGCAAGAGGAACACACUGCACUCCUACGCAAAUUACAGGAUAAGUAUAUGGAAUCGAAAUACUAUGAGAUCAUUCCACUUAACAGAGCCGUGAGAGCGAUGCAGGAGAGAGUUGCAGAAUGGGACGACGCCUUCCAAGAUUUCGAUGGAAAUUUCUUUCCGUCAGAAAAGGAUAUCCGCCGCCUCGCAGCACUCCAACUCAGGAAGAUGUUUAUGGAUCGCGAUGAAUCGCAAACUUCUUUGGUGUCUGUAGAGACAAAUGAACCAUUUUCUGAUGCCGAGGAGAAAUCAAUUAUCCCAACGUCACCAGAGGCGAUAUUAGAACCAAGUCCGGAUACAGAAGAAUCACCAGAAGGUCAUCCUGCAGUCGUCGACGAUAGUUUAGUCGCAGAUCUGACCACGAUAAAUUCACAGUCCGCCAGUAAUACCGAAUCAUCAAUGAACGAGGACCAAGUUCAGAUGCCUCGACAUGAAGGAGUUGAACAUCUUGAUCUCGCUAUUCCAGAAACCGCAGACCAGCAGCUUGCCUCAGAAACAUUACCACCGGCUGAUACGUCUGACUUCCUCACAUCUAGUCCGCCUGAUCUAGAGAGUCCUUCAGAUGCGGAUAUCCCGACAACGCCUCUAGAAGCAACCUUAUCCGAGAAAAUUGAGAGACUGCGCAGAGCAAACCAAUCAUUUUCAGUUGAAAAUGGUCAGUUGCAGUCUGAAACUUCUGGCAUUCCAAGGCCGACUGAACGUACAAGCUCGCGUCGUAGUGGUGCUUCGCCUCCACUCAAUCGUACCCAGUCACAGCCUGCAAAUGCAUUACGCCGCAUGCAACCGAUUUCUAGCAAGGCAUACCAUAGGCUGGGAGAUACACGCAAGUCUAGUGACUCCCAAAUCCCAUUGCUUGAGCCUUUGAAGCCGUCUACCACGGAGGCUGUAAGGCCCACUGAUAAGAGACUUUCUGAAAGGUUGGGCCUGGGCUCCCUGAAACAAAAUCGUAAGGCAGGACACUCCUUCAUUCCAAGAUCUGUGCAACCGAAAAGAAAGGAGUCUAAAGUUACGACAUUAGCAAAACAUUUUGAACAGCUGAGUAGAGAAUUUGAGAAAGAACGCCUGCGAGACAGGAGACGAAUGGCAGCAAAAGUCACACAAUCGAGAGCUUUCCCAAAAGCAUCUUCCAAACCCAUUGUCGAGAUAUACAAGGAUAUUAAUGAGGCUGUCGAGGAGCGCGGACCCCCUGACGAAGUCCCUUUGGAUGCCGAACCCACGCAUAUUAAUACAGAAUCUACAAGCAUGACUGAAGGGCUUGCCGAACUGAACAUGGAGCCCUCUAGUAUCGAGACCCAGCCAAACUCACCGAAUGACACCUCUGUAGCCAUGGGAGGAGCUAUCGCUGACAUCGAAGCUGAUGACGCUCACCAAAACUUCAGUCAAACUGGUUCUGACGAUGAAGGUGCUACCAGCGAUGCAGACCAUGCUUUGCUUGGUGAUCUUUUGCCAGGUGCGGAGGAGUUGGCUGAAUCGCUUCGCGUGGGCAAGCCAGAUGCCGACCUUCCGCUGGAGAUACCCAAGCAUGAAAAGUCUAGUCUUAUGAAGAUGUUGACUAACUUUUGGGCUGAAAGAUCUGCCAGUGGCUGGACUCAACUUGAGUACCCCAUCAAUGCCGGCGAACAUAUUUUCGUUGAUUCCGACGUCAUCAUUAGAGAGGAUGAACCAAGCUCGCUGAUAGCUUUCACCCUAUCAUCGGAACAUUAUCGAGCUAAGUUGGAUGAUCUUCGCCAACAAGGCCCGGUCUGCGCAAAACCUGAAGAGCAUGAUUCUAUGCCCACAAGUGAUACACCAGAUAUGUGUGAAGAUGGUAUCAAUCAAGCAGAGGUCGAAACCUCAUUACUGCGCGCCACUGGUACUCAUCUCGCAUACUCUUUUGUCGAUUCUUCUGCAAGGAUGCAAUGUAAAAUUUUCUUUGCGGAACAAUUCGAUGCUGUGCGAAGGAAGUGCGGGGUAGCAGAUCGAAUCGUGGAAUCGUUAUCACGAUGCUUGAAAUGGGAUUCUAAAGGCGGAAAAACAAAAUCCGUCUUCUUGAAAACACUUGAUGACAGGUUGGUCCUCAAGCAACUAUCACCCAUCGAAACGCAGGCAUUUCUCAAAUUUGCACCGGCUUACUUCAACAUUAUCUCCGAGGCCUUGUUUCAUGAGCUGCCUACCGCCAUUGCCAAAAUGCUUGGCUUCUUUCAAAUUGUCAUAAAAAAUCCAGCUACAGGAACCGAGAUUAAGUGGGAUGUGUUGGUAAUGGAGAAUCUAUUCUAUGAUCGUUCGCCUACCCGCAUUUUUGACCUCAAGGGAUCUAUGCGAAACCGAAAAAUUCAAUCUACCGGAGAACAAAACGAGGUGCUUCUGGAUGAGAAUAUGGUUGAAUUCAUCUAUGAGUCUCCUUUAUUCGCACGUGAGGUGAGUGAAAUGAGAUGAAAUGCAAAUUUCACAUCACUAAUUUACAUACAGCACUCUAAGAAACUUCUUCGAUCUGCUAUUUUCAAUGAUACGCUUUUCUUACAACGAAACGAUGUGAUGGACUAUUCGCUAAUGGUGGCUGUUGAUGAGGUGAGUGUUUCUAAAUUAUGUGCGGUUUGACAUCAAUUAUUUACAUGAUACAGGCGCGAAAGGAACUUGUUGUCGGAAUCAUCGAUGUGGUCCGUACUUAUACAUGGGACAAGAAAUUAGAAUCAUGGAUCAAAGGUACUAUCCACUCCGAAAGUAGCAAUUGGUCAUUUCAUGUUAACCAAAAUCCUUAGAUCGUGGCUUCGCUGGUGGUGGCCGCAAUCGUCCUACCGUCACUUCACCUAAGGUUUGCUCAAUUUUCCCUUUACCCCACCAAGCGCGUAGUCUGACGUGUAACAGGAAUACAAAAGUCGUUUCAGAGAAGCAAUGAAUAGAUAUAUUCUUCAAGGUAGCCCAUAUCUCUGCACCAUACUAAUCGUACAUAUACUAAUUAAACCCAACAGCGCCCAAUAGUUGGCACCAACCCCUAGAUGGACGACCAAGGGGGGAUUCAAGGCAGAUAGUGCAAGAGGCAAGAACACCGGUUUUAUGAUAGAUCCAACAACUUAGAAGAUAGAUGGAUGAUGUGAAACGGGACUUUAAUAUGACAAGGUGUAAUGGUAUACAUAAAUACUGCUAGAUGCGUAAAUAAGUCGCUGCGCAGUGUGCUGAUGAGGGAGAAGAGUUGCGAGGAGUUGGCUGUGUAUGACAUGUACUUCAUCACAUGUAGAUUUAUAGGCUGUCCGCUUGAAGCACGUAAAAUACUUGGGAUCCGCAGCAAAUACGUAGUUCUAUCGAUCGCUAUGCAAAGGAAGUUCAUGGAAUAUUCGCCGGCAUAUUCAGGUGUGGCACAUCGGAAGCGUUGUGAAGGGGUAUCAUUGGCA